CCUGCGGUCUCGGGACGGGCUUACCUUACGCCGCGCGCAGCCGUUGCUGCCCGCCGCCGACGAGGCCGGCCGAGCCCCGGACCCCGGCAGGGGGUGUGGCUGCCGGCCCUGCAGUCCGCGACAGGUGGGCUGGGCGGGGCGGGGGCGGCCGCCGAGGCCCCAGCUCUGUGCGCCUCCGGGUCGCGGCCUCGGCGCGGAACGGGCCGAAAAGCGGCAGCGACCCCGGGCUGUGGACCCUUCCGCCCCAGCUGCUCGAGGCUGCUCUUGGGGCCGCGCCGAACCGAGGGCCGCGGGAUCCGUCGGGCGCUGAGGGCCUUGGGCUGCCAUCGUGGAGUCCAGUUGAAGUCUGGCACUUGCGAGCUGUGAGACCUUGGCCAAGUCAGCGUCAGCUCUCGCCCUGGCCUGAGUUUUCCCAUCUGUAAUGGAUGUCUGGACUAGAUGAUCUGCGAGGACCUGCCUGUUCUGACGUGUGUGAUUUCGAGAGACCCGCAUACUUUGGAAGCUGCUAGACGGAAAACUUAGCUUGAAGUCCAUGGCCCAAAAUGACUCUACCACUGGAGACUCUGUUCAGUAAAGAAGACAACCAGACAGGAGGCUGGGAUGAGCAUGCCACUGCACCAGAUCUCUGCCAUUCCAGCCCAGGAUGCCGCCUCUGCUAGAGUCUACAGAAGUAAGACCAAAGAAAAGGAGAGGGAAGAGCAGAAUGAGAAGACUUUGGGACAUUCCAUGAGUCAUUCAAGUAACAUUUCUAAGGCUGGGGGUUCUUCGUUGGCGUCGGCUCCGGUGUCCGCCUUCUCUCGCACUUCUGUCACACCAUCCAAUCAGGACAUCUGCAGUUCCAGUGCAGUGUGUUCUGAGUGUUGUCACCAAAGUCCCGUGCAGUCUGCCGUUGUCUUGAAAGCUCCUCAAUGCCAGAGUUCUCUGACACAAGGGCUCACUGUGACAGUUGUCUGUAAGGACACAUUGUCAAAGAGAAACUCCUGUGGUUCAGAACGGACCCAGGCCUUGAAGCCUGCUGACAAUACCAAAGCCAGAAGAACACUAAAGUUCUCAAAAUCCCUAAACGAUGUGGGUGAGAAGGCGCAGGAUACUUUGGAAAGUUUUGACUAUGUGGAAAGAACUUGCUCUGAAGGGAAAUUGAUACUCCCUCAAGAUCCAGGUCUCAGAAUUAACAGGUUCCAUCAGAAGGAAAAAAGAGCGCUGCAUCGCAAACCUUUUGGCAAUUCCAAACAUUCUUGUGUUUCAUCCCUUUCUGCCAAUCAUUCGGCUGCCUCAGAGUUGGAAGCUGGCAAGGGGGGCGUGCACGUCCCUCUUCUGGAAGAGAGAGCGGAUGGUGAAGCUGUGUCUAGGAGCCGGCGACUGCUCCGGUACCUGUUCUCGCUCUCGCACGGCUCGAGCGCCAGCAGCCUGCACAGGUUCCAUGAGCUGGAGGGCCGCGCUGCACCCCUGCACGCCGCCAAAUCCUCCAGCGGUCUGGCAGGCAGCAUGGCCUUCUACUCCGAUGAAAUGGGAGACGACGAUGUGUUUGAGGACAGCACGUCUGCAAAGUGGAAGAGCAAGGUCCUGCGGGCACCCCUCUGUUCAGUGGAGAAGGACAGUGACCUGGAUUGUCCUUCUCCUCCCUCUGAGAAAUGCCCCCCCAUAUCUCCUGUGUCCACGUCAGGGGAUGCCUGCAGGAUCUGCCACUGUGAAGGGGAUGACGAGAGCCCUCUGAUCACCCCCUGCCGCUGCACAGGGAGCCUCCACUUCGUGCACCAGACCUGCCUGCAACAGUGGAUCAAGAGUUCCGACACGCGCUGCUGUGAGCUCUGCAAGUACGAGUUCAUCAUGGAGGUCAAGCUGAAGCCUUUGAGAAAAUGGGAAAAGUUGCAGAUGACAGCCAGCGAGCGCAGGAAGAUCAUGUGCUCAGUGACGUUUCAUGUCAUCGCCAUCACCUGUGUGGUCUGGUCCUUGUACGUGCUCAUCGACCGCACCACUGAGGAGAUCAAACAUGGACAGGCAACAGGAAUUCUAGAGUGGCCCUUUUGGACUAAAUUGGUGGUUGUGGCCAUCGGGUUUACUGGCGGACUUCUUUUUAUGUACGUUCAGUGCAAAGUGUAUGUACAAUUAUGGAAGAGACUCAAGGCUUAUAACAGAGUAAUCUAUGUUCAAAACUGUCCAGAGACAAGCAAAACAAAUAUUUUUGAAAAAUCUGCACUAACAGAGCCCAACUUUGAAAAUAAAGAUGGACCUGGAACCUGUCAUUCCGACACAAACUCUUCUUGUUGGACAGAACCUGAAGACACGGGAACCGAAAUCGUUCACGUCUGAUUUUGUGGAGGGUGUAGCUUUCCUGGACAUCGAUGAACAGCUGAAGGAAAUUGUUUACUGCCAAUUGUGUACCUUUUCUUAUGUCCUUUAAUAGCAUAGACCAGGCAGGUGACUGUUUUUAAUGGCUUCUCUUUUUCUAAACCCUCCUUAGUGAAUCUCCUGGAAGGCCCUCACAUUGGCCGUGCACGGCGGGGCCCCACCUCCGCUAGCACUUCCACGGGAAGGGAGGUCCCCAUGACCCUGUGAUGGGGAGCUGACUGGGUUCUGGCCCACGAAGCCUUGAACAGUGAGAAUGAAACGCCACACCUGAGGGAAGAGCAGGAGGCGGGUGGCACCGGGCCUUGGCGCCCCGCCUGACCCAGGGAGCGGCGUGUGUGGGGGUGUCUGUAGUCUGGCCCAGGGACUCCCUCCUCGCCGAGGAGAGCCUGAGGAGAUGAGCUCCCCCUGCCGAUGCUGCCGCUGACGUUUACCCCGAGCGGACGGGCAGUGGUGCUCUGUGCAUGGUGGGGCGUCAUUCACCAAGCAAACAGCACUUUACAAAGAGAGAAUCUUUAUUUUGUAGUGUGUGUGUCCAGUGCGAUCGGCGUUUAAAAGAACGUCUCAUUUAGAAGCCUUCCCUUCAUGACCCUGGUUAUCUAGCUCUUUUACGUUAUUAUGGAUCUAAGACCCUUUUUGCCUUAUAUAUUCUAAGAAACGUGACAUCUGCUCUGUGUCCAUAAAAGGAACUUGUGGCUACAAAGGCAGGAUAAACAGGCCUGAGGCUUUUUCCUAAUGUUUCAUGGGAAUUAAUGGACGCCAGAUGGCAAUUUGAGCGUAAUUCCUGUGGUUUCAGGCUUAUUCUAUGACAAGUGUUUAUGUCAUAGGCUGCCCCAAACAUUUUUUUGUCAACACUGAAAAAGGUUUUGUGAGAUCUAAACAAAAGGAAGGAAGGAAGGAAUUAGAACAAAACUGAAUGUUUAAAAAUGAUUCUUUAUGGAUAAACCUCUCCAGUUUGUGCUGGCUUCCCACUGAAAGAGUGAGUGCACACUGCCCUGGUCUGGGGCAUGCUCACUGCAGGCGCUCCGGGGCGCCGGCCACCUUGGACAGCUUCUCCCGGGAGGCUCUGUGGAUCACUGCCCAGGGCAGAGUGACAGACAGACUGGCACUGGGACAAAGGCCAGGAGUGAGUAGCAAACUGCCGUGGCCCUACUGUGUCACUGCCCCCAGCCACACCUGCACCCAAUUUAUCGCCUUAACUGGACUGGACAGAGAGGAUUACAGAGAGGCCCUGUAAUCAGUUCGUUCUGUCAUCAGGGAUUAUCUCCUGUACCAUUUUCAUAAGACAAAACCAAAAUCACUACCAUCAAAUGGCCUUUGUCGCUUUAAAAAGUCUGCUUAAAAUUCUGUUUUUAAAAACCAGUUUCUCUGCACCAGGUAAAUGAGUCAUCUCCAGAAAAAUAGGCCAAGAGGGUCUGCAUGUGACAUGAGCAUGCCCAUACUGGCAUCUGCAGAGCCUCCUGUAAGGGGAAGGUGGCUUUCGGGGUGGGUGGGGGUCCUGCCCUCAGUCCUCUCAGCGUUAGGUGUCCCACCUGUCCUGUGAAGAGGAUGAAGCAAACAAGAUGAUCCUUUGCCUUCCAGAGUGGAAGUGCUGUGGUUAGUUUUGAAAGCCAGGAGGAGGCCGAAGUGUGUCGAAGGGCGUGUGGUAGCAGGCUUUGCCCUGCCGCCUCCUCCCAUCCAGUCUGACUCAUCAGGAUCACGGGUCCCGGGCUCAGAGCUGCUGUGCCGUGGCCUUCCUCUGGCUGGGCAGGCACUGUCCAGCCAUGGCCAACCCCUGAAAAUAGGUCAGCCUGCUCGCGCUUGUGCUCUCUCUGUCUCUGUCUCUGUCUCUGUCUCUCUCUGUCUCUCUCUCUGUCUCCCAGGCCACAUCCACUCUGCACCUAUGUUCACUGUGCCCCAAAGUGCAAUUACCUAUACCCCUUCUCAGCCUGGGGACUCCAGGCAGCUACACACUGUCCACUCAGGGGAGCUGAGUUUUGGUCAGCCCUGCCUCUGCCCCUUAGAAACUGCCCAGGCAAGGCCUCUUGUCCCCGCCAUCUUUUUAAAGCGGAUGAGUAGUCUUGUGAAGACUGGGAUAGAUCUUUAAGUGAGAGUCCUUCCCCCUCCUUUGAUGAAGCCCCUUAUGCUGAAGCUGAAAGUCAUUGAGACUUCCCGCAGAUAGAAAAGUGUGCUUUAGGUAGGGAUUGCGGCUGGGCUGCCCACCCAUCGUGGCUGGCACCCCAUAGGGCAAGGUGCCUUUAUAACCAUGACUGCUGUGUUGUUCCCACGCCUGACUGGGCUCUCAUGCGAAACCCUUACUUCUUUUCAGGAAGGACUAACACCAUCUCAUCACCUCCACUAAGCUCCUAAAAGCCUUCUGCCUGGGGACAGUCCAUCCUGUGUCCUUCUUUCCUAUCCUGGAAUGGCACACAGAUGCCCCCUUGCCUUUCUCUUUUCUUGUAGGUUCUAGUUGAGCUCCUGUGACCCCCCUUCUGAGUCCCAGCUGUAAUCCCCACAGAGACUGAACUGGGAAGCCAGAAGCCCUGGGAAGGUGGUGCUGUGCUGCCAUCUAGUGGAGGAAGCAGGUCCGCCAGGUGGACCUUUAAUCCACAUCAGCUUGCCCUCUAGUUUGUUCUUUGGGGGUUAUGUAUUCCCCAAGUUCCCCCCAUUCCGCACUUGGCUUUGUGUGAGGAUGGCCCUUGGGUGAACCAGAAAUGAGGGAUGAGCCUGUGGGUUUCAGGGCCAGGAGGGCUGGUACUUGGCGUCCUGUCAAGGGGGGGGAGGGAAGUGUGGCCUUAGGGGUGUUGCCAGCUAGCCCUCUCUGAUUUGGCCUCUGCUUCCCCAAAAGUUGCAGUAUGGCUCCAGGGCUUCUGACUUUGGCCGCCAGCAGUAGUUUGAUUUUAAGAAUUUUAAGCUGAUUUUAAGAAUUCCUGGAAACUUUAAAAAGAUUUCAUCCUGCUCCAGCCCUCUAUUGUCUCUUCCUUUUUCUGCCUCCUUCCACUGUUUUCAGUCUUACGGGUCAAGUUUUCAGCCUUGCCGGUCCCCUCGGUGGCUCCAGAGGUGCAGCCCCCAGGCAGCGGGCCAGUGCGAGAGCCGUAGGCAGGGCUGCACAGUUAGGGCUGCUUCUGCUUCUGCUGUCUGCUGGGCGGGCCACAAGGCUGGCCCAGGCCUGCCAACAGCAGGGCUAAGACCCACGAUGCUGUGCAUUUGGCCUGAUGCAAAGACACUCUUUGAAUACUUUCCCUUUUGGAUCUGUUUUAAAACAUGCAGCUUCCCUCUCCAGCCCAAGGAAAGACGGAAACAUAGGGAAAUAAAAGCAUUUAUCUUUAUUUUGGGAGUAAUUAAGUUGUGCAGCUAUUCAUGUAUUUAGAUGCAAUGUUUAUAGAAAGCUGAUUGUUAAUAAAAACCAAAUUUACACUGGCAUGUGUGGUGUAGUUUCUAAAAGGCACUUCACAUUUGAAGAUUUUCUUAACUUGGAAACUUUCUAGUUCUCUAAAUGUCUGGUUUUGUAUCCUUUUGUGUAUGUUCACUGUUUCUCAGUAUUACCACUUGAAUAAUUCUUGGGGGGGUUGUGUUAUAUACGGGGUGUCUAAUUGCAGCAAUAAAGCAUCUCUUUAAAAAGG